GAAGACACUUUUUGCCUUUUCUUUCUAUGCAAACAAAAAUUCCCACUGAGGCUUUUCAGUGUGAAAUUUUGUUUAUAUAGAAAACACCUGUGCCAGUCACUCAUUUGUCCCUGUUACCAUCUACUGGUGAACAUCACCUUACCACUACAUCCGGUGAGUCUCCGUCAUACAAACUAUUUUGAGAACUGCAUGAAGUGCAGUGAGAAUAACAUUCCUGCUGUGCACAUUGUGGCUAAUUGAUCAAGACAAACUGUAAAGCCAGGGCGUGAAUUACUGUGGAGCCUGGCAUGACAUUAGGACUCUUCGUUCUCAUACCUGAGAAAAGCAUUCAUUUAGUGGAGCAGCCAGCCAAAGUGCAGCAUCCUGUAGUGACACAAAGACAAGAGACAACGUUACACAAUGCCACCGCCAAAGCAUCCCCUUCCCCUGCCAAGGAAACAAAUCUCCCGUCCAAUCAGUCUUGAUGAGCCAGAAAAAAGUGCUCCCCUGUCUCCCACGAAAUCUGGAGAGGAUAUCUGCUCGAGUCCACCACCAGUGUCACCAAAGACGUGGACUGUUAAAAAGAGUCCAGAAGGAAAUGGAGUUUUCAGGGAAAAAAUACAGAUGCUGGAUCAGUGUUUUAAGGAUAAAGGUGAGCUCCCUCUACUGCCUCCUAAACCCAAUCGACUGCAGCUUGAUGAUGAAUCCCUGGAUGCUGAGAGUCUGUCAAACUUCUUCGAAGAGUCAACACCCUGGAAAACUCUGUCUAAUGAGCUCCAACUUGGUAGAGUGCCAGAAAAAGUGGUCAUAGAAGUUAAAGCCGAACAUCUGUGUAAAGCAUUCAGUUCUUACAUCUCGACGACAUCUGGGUGUCAAGGCGAGCUACAAGAAAAAAUUGACGAGCUUGGCUGCAUCGCUGACAACUUAGAUAAGGUUUCAAAGGGGACAAAAAUCGCUGGUAUCACAGGAGGUGCUACAACUGUAGCAGGAGGUGUGGCAGCAGCCGCUGGGGUGAUCCUGUCCCCUUUCACGUUGGGAGCCUCGCUGGCACUAACUGCUGUCGGGGUCGGCGUGGCUGCAGCCGGCGGUGUUACUGGUGCAUCAGCAGCCAUUGCAAAUAAGGUGAACUGCAACCAGGACCAGAAGAAAAUUGAAAAGCUCUUUACUGACUACGAGUCACUCAGUAAGGGCAUUCAGGAGAAACUGGUUUAUGUCCAUGAGGGCAUAGAGCAGCUGAGGCAGUAUGGUGUCAUCAUGCUUGAGAGGACCAAGGUGAAGUCAGAGAGGGCCUCCAAGGUGCUGGAGUUCUUUGGUCAAGGAGGGCCAUGUGCCAAGGUCUUGGAGGCAAACUCCAAGCCAUCUGGGAUGAUAGAAGGCUUUGCCCUCGGCAUGGAUAUGUACUUCAUCAAAGGAAAAGAUGGAACCAAGGUGAAGAAGGGCUUUGAGUCAAAGUUGGCAAAGAAACUCCGCUCCUUGGCGGUGGAUCUCCAGGAACGACUGGAUGAGUUCAUCGAAAUGAAAGAACUGUUUGACAAGUAUUGUUAGGAGGGUAUUUUUCUCCACCUGAAUAUCUUUUGUUUUGGGGUUGUCUUUUAAUGUUAAUCUUCAGCUUUUAUGAAAGUUUAUUGAUCGACAUAUAUUUCCUCUUUGGCAACAGGUUCGAAAACAGAACAAAACUUUUAGUGCAACUUUAGGAAUUGUAACUUCAAGCAGUUUCUUUUAAAUGGUUUAUGGUUAUUAAUGCUGUAUAAAACUGAGAUUGUGUUAACCUCCCUUAAUUUAGCCGAUUUUUCCUGUUAAGAUGAUUUCUUAAACUAAUCUAAUCAGAUUUUGUUUCACACCUUAACCUAGGUGUGAAACAAAAUGCCAUGACAUUUUAAAAAAUGACUUCUAAAUAAACUACUUAAAGACCGAUACCAUCCA